AUGAAUAUAGUGUUUAUGUUUCUAGAAAUGUAUUUCAGAUCUUCACUACAAGACAGGGAGCACAAGGGUGCAGAACAGGAAAAGUGGCUGCAGAAACAUAGACAAAGAUCUCAGGGCAUGCAACGCUCCAUCUCCCGCCGUGCCAAAGCUAUGGAUCCACAUAAACCACUGGCAGACACGAACGUGCAGAAGCUGAGAGAGAACCGAGCGUCUGAUCAGAAAAGAAGUCAAGAAUAUGAGAAGGAGCUGGAACAGAUGAAGAGCCGGGUGAGAAGGAGGGCGUAUCUAUUUGAACAAGUCUCCAAGGGAUCUGCAGUUAAAGAAGCAGAGCGUAAAUUCACUCACACCCUUCGACAGGCAGGACUGACUGAGGAGUUUGUUCAGCAGAAGGGAAUUGAAAAUGAAGAAAUGACAGACGAAAGUGAGCACCAAGAUGAUGAAGAUCCAUGA